AUGAACCAUAACGUUCAGCAAUCGAGCGACGGAAGAAUGACAUGACAUGACGAUGAUGCCCCUCUUACCCAGUUCCUCGCGUCGUUAAUGGAGUACACUCCCACUAUACCCGAUGAAUUGGUGGAGCAUUACCUGGGAAAGAGCGGUCCCGAUGUUCGAUUGAUUAGGCCUGUAGCUGUCGUUACACAGAAAUUUGUUGCAGAGGUUGCAAGCGGUGCUCUCCAGCAAGGCACGACAAUCGUCGGUUGUCAAGGACAAAAGAGAUAAGCAGCAGAAGGUGCUCUUCUCCUUCCUUUCUUCUAUUUUCUU